AUGAGUGAUAACGGCGCCGACAUCGAGUCGGACCACGACGGCGAAGUCGGAAUUAAUAAUCUCCAGGAUGACUCUGGUUCAGAAUAUCAGAGCGAGGACGAUAACAACGCAGACGACCAAAGCGACGACGAAGCACGUUCUGUGCAAAGUGUGCAUAGUGAGAAGAGUAAUCGGUCAGCUAGAUCUGGAUCCGGAAGGAAGUCAACUCCCAAGGAAAAGUCUCAACUCCGAUCAACCAAGAACACAAAAGGCACGUACAGCGAUGCCUACCGGGAAUUCUACAACACACAGCUUGAAGACUUAGUUCGUCCUUUCCAAUCUAUCGCCCACGCGUUACCAGCCUCGGAAAUUGGAGUGGUUGUCUGGACUCCGCUGGAGAAGGAGAUCCUGUUCCAAAGGGUCGCAGCUAUUGGCAAGGACAACAUCAAGGAUAUUUCGAAUGCCAUCAGGACCAAAUCAGAGACAGAAGUGCGCCAGUAUCUCUCACUUCUUGAUCAAGGGACAAUCGAAGGCAAUGUGACCAAAGCAUUGCCUGUGUUUUCUGCCGCAGACGUGUCGGCCGCUUUCGAAGUGACCAAGCAGUCGGAAGACUUGCUCGAAGAGUACGCGGACGGACUAGCACAAUAUCAGACAAGAAGUGAUCAGAAGCGGGAGCAGAAGAGACAUGGUGACUACUGGCUUCUUACGGAAGAGAUUGCGCAGGAAGUUGAGGAACAGGUCAUGGCACGAGAUGAGUCCUACUUGAAGUCAAAGCUACAUGAUGAGGAUGAGGACGAAGAUGCAGACGACGAUACAGACGUUGCCAAAAGCGACCAAGAGGCUGCCGAAACCGAUCCCAAGGCCAAACCGGAGAGCCGCCAGACCGAUACCGAAGACGAAUCAUAUGUCCCCAGAAAAGCCGAUUCAGAGCGCCUGGAACCAGACCAGCAACCAUCGCAACCGCUCGAUGAAAUCAUGGUUCCCGCAGCCGAGCUCCUUGAUCUACCAAUGUGGUUGCGACUGUCUAAACUGCUCAUGUAUCAACCGCCGGGACUGGGCGAUAGCUGGGACGCCUUCACCACUGGUCACCAGACUCCGUCAAUGUACCAUACCGCUUUCCAGGACUACCACAAUCUGACGGUCAGCUUAACAAGGCGUGUCGUACAGGCCACCAUCUUCCAAACAAUGACUCGAUUGAGAGCACGCGACAAAGAUCACCCCAGUGCUGCCGUUACAGCGAAUGAUGUACGUGCGGCAAGCGAGAUUCUGGAUCUGAAACCCGACAGACGCAGAUUCUGGGGUAGCGUGCCCAGAAGACAUGGGCUCCGAGUCUAUGAGCGAGGAUCCAAGUUUUCCAGAGGUCAGUCAAGAGCCGGAACGGAGCUAGAUCUGGAGGAAGCAGAAGAAAGAUUGGGCGUUGGCCUCAUGUCGACUACAACCACUGAGAUGGGCGACGAUGUUGUGCAAGCAGACGAAGACGAGAUGGAGGAGGAUGUUUUCGACCCUGAUCAAUACUACGAAGACCCCGAACUCUGGACAGAAGCCUCUGAAGCGGAAGAGGAGAUACCCAUCACCAUACUUGACGAUCAAGAAUCUAACGAUUCUGGAGAAGAGGAUGCUGCUUAUCAUGCAGCGAACGAUGAAGAAGCACAGGAUGCUGCCAGAAAGAAACAAUACAGAAAAGGUCGCAUGGAGAAGAAUUUCCAAAAGGCGCACGAUGCAUAUCUCGAAGCUGUCGAUCAGGAGAUCAGCAGAGUGCAAGAGAUAGAGAUGUGGGACGCUCUUGGAGUUGCACCACCAAAUAAUAUCAAGGAUGAGGAGGUUGAGAUUCCUCGACAACCAGUCAUCAAGCGCCGACUAUCAGAUACUGCCAAAUGGAGAAACGACUUGGAGUAUCAAUCACCGUGGGAGCUAGACUUCGAUGCUGUGCAGCCGGGAGCUUUCGUCAGCAUGCACAAGCGAAGCGAGCAGGCUAAGAAACGAAGGCGGAGGGCUUACGACUAUCUCGAGCAGGAAGGUCUGGUCGAACUCCCUCAAUAUGCACCUGAAGCUGUCGUUGUGAGGAAGAAACCCAAACCGGUUGAAUUCGACACCGAGAUAGAUGAAGUUCUCACGGGCAGUGCAGCAAUUGCUACCACGGAAGUCUUCGACGGAGUGCCAAGGAAGAAGCUGCCGAAUCCCAUCGUGAACAAACCUCUGAGCAGGGCUUCCUCAGUCCGAGAAAGCUCCCAUGAUUCGUCCGUCAGCCAGAGAUCAGCAAAAGCAACUGCCCUAAUCAACAGGCUAGCAAGCCGUGCACCGAGCAAGAAGAUCGAGGAGGAUUUAAGGAAGGCUGAAGAGGCACGACAAGCCGAAGAGCAAGCCCAAGAAGAGAAGCGACAGACCAGAGCGGCUCGCAAAGCACUGUCUGAAGAAGAAAGAUUGGCACUCAAGAAGGAUGAACAAGACCAGAGAACGCGGAAAGAAAAAGAGAACAGACGAAGACAAUCAAAAGAGCAGGAGAGGCUCGCGAAAGAAGAAGAGCAGCUGGCCAAAGAGGAAAGAAAGAGGGCCAAAGCAGAGAAACGCAAGGCUGUCGACGAAGAGCCUGUUCAAAACGAACCAAGCGUGGAACAGCCGGGGGAAGCCACAUCUUUUACACGAUCUCGAAGCAAGAAGCCGAAAAGAAAGUCUGGAUUCUAG